AUGGCUUUACUAACUAUCUUGCCGGAAAACGCAGAGCCUCCAAAACACACUCAACCGCCGACCAAACGCAAGAAACGCAAUAACCCUACCGACCAAACGCAACCGCAGAAACCACACAAACCAAAGAAAGCAGUACUUCAAAAGCAACCAUCUUCAUGGGACCAAAUCAAAAACUUAUUGACUUGCAAACAAAUCGAAGGGUCAAGAGUUCACGAUCCAUCCAAGAACUCUCAAUCUGGUCCGACUCAUCAAUUGUCUCCUUCCAAGCUUGGCUCGUCGUGUAGCUCAAUCUGUAGCUUCAGAGACGUGGCUCAUGGUAACACUCGUGUGGUUCAUAGAGCAGACCACUCACCAGACGUAGCUAAGCCGGUUAAUACUCCUGACUCGGAGACUCGUCUUCUGACUCGGAAACAUGGUCAACAAGGUUCUUCUUCGUCGUCUCGGUCACUUAUAUCUGGCUCGACGAGAUCUAACGGUAGUGGAAGUUACACGUCAUCUUCAACGACGUCGUUUAGGGCCAUGCAGUUCCGUAAACUCUCUGGAUGUUACGAGUGUCACAUGAUCGUUGACCCUAGCAGGUAUCCGAUUUCUCCUAGGGUUUGUGCUUGUUCCCAGUGUGGAGAAGUUUUUCCCAAGCUUGAAAGCUUAGAGCUUCAUCAAGCGGUUCGUCACGCAGUUUCGGAGUUAGGUCCGGAAGAUUCAGGUCGAAACAUAGUGGAGAUCAUAUUCAAAUCAAGCUGGCUUAAAAAAGACAGUCCAAUCUGUAAGAUCGAACGUAUAUUAAAAGUACACAACACUCAACGUACGAUCCAACGGUUCGAAGAUUGCCGAGACGCAGUGAAGGCGCGUGCACUUCAAACCGCUAGAAAAGACGCUCGUUGUGCAGCCGAUGGUAACGAGCUUCUACGUUUUCACUGCACCACACUCACUUGCUCACUAGGAUCUCGUGGCUCGUCUUCUCUCUGCUCUAGCCUCCCUGGUUGUGGUGUUUGCACCGUGAUCCGCCACGGUUUCCAAGGAAAAUCUUGCGGCGGAGCCACGGCGAGUGCGGUCUCCGGCGUGAGAACGACGGCGAGUAGUGGAAGAGCUGAUGAUUUGCUUAGAUGUAAUAAUGAUGCGAGGAGAGUGAUGCUUGUUUGCCGUGUGAUCGCCGGGAGAGUUAAACGUGUUGAUUUACCGCCGGUGGAUUCUACGGUGACGGAGCAAAAGUGUCCGGUGGAGGAGAGUUUGUCGAGUGGUGGUGCUUUUGACUCGGUUGCGGUCAACGCCGGAGUUUAUUCGAAUCUUGAGGAGCUAGUGGUUUAUAACGCAAGAGCUAUAUUACCUUGCUUCGUGGUUAUUUACAAAGUUUUAGAAUCUUGA